UAAAGAAGAAACAACAGCGAGAUUAAUUAUUUAUAUUUAUUGCAGUGUGAUCUGAAGUCUAAAGAAAAUAGGUUCCAUGGACAAUGCAAAAAUUAUUACAGGAGUAACGUGGCGUUACCAAUUCUCCCGCGUCUGCUGCGAAUCAGGCGAUUGAACCCGAAAACGGCCGAAGGGCCUCGAGGUUGUCAAUCGCCGGAUUUGCAAGCAGACGCGACACUUGUUGUUUCGACUCCCCAAAAACACCACCGUUACUGUGAAUUGUUUCCGUGAUUGGAUUCGGUGCUUCGGAUUACUUGAGUGGAGAGAAUCGACGAUUAAAAAUGGAACCAAUCCGAUAUAAAGAUAUAGCAGCCAAAGAAGACAAAAUUAAAAGCCUCGAAGAAACCAAAGCAUAAAAAUCAGAAUUAAAAAUGAAAUGGACGAAGAAAGCGACGAAGAGAGGAACUCUUGUGUUAGCAGUAGCGAAACCGACGACUCAAACUCCGAACCUGAGACAGUGAUAGAAAAAAUGACAAAGGCAAAUUUAGAUGAUGAUACAACGUACUACACAGCGAGUGACUCGGACUCGGAAUCAAAAAUAGUUAACAUAUCGAACAGCAUAAACCAAAAACUAAAAUCACCAAAUAACAACUCAGGGGAAAUAAACUUUGAAAAACACGAGUACUCUUACACAAAAGAAAAAGAAGUGUUCCUUCGUAUGCUUCGCUGGCGCUGUGACCGUCGCGAAAUAUUAGAGAAGAACACAGAGAAAAAAAAAUCCCAAGAUGAAGAAUGGAGAAAACUACGAAAAAAUAACAAUGAAGAUUACGAAAACUACGUGAAAACAUUGAAGGGAAAAUAGGAAGGAAGACAACUUGAAGAAAUGAUAUAAUUUUAUACUUUUUUUUAUUUUCUUUUUCUCCUUCCAUCUCUUUUUCUCAUACUGUAUCUUUUUCUUUUAUUUUACACCCAUGAUCAAUACUACAAAUAAGUAGUCACGCAAAUAAAAAUAAAAUUUUUUUUCCUGACUGAAAACAAUAGCUCAUCAUUUAUAAAUAAUUAUUGUUUUAUCUUUGUAAAACUUUACAAAUGGAAAUACAACUUUUCUUUCUUUUCUUGUUCUAACACACAAAAUUUUUGUUCUCGCCUUACAUAAGG